CAUCAGAGCCCUGAGGCCGAGACAUUUUUAGGUCCUAAUAGUUUUCCUAAGCAUUGGCCAAUCCAGUAUAAUCCGAUUCUGAAGAGAAGACUGUCAAACGCAGUUCACGUCUGCUGUCGUGACACAUUCCUUGUCGAUGGCUCAAAACCCAACAACAGCAUUGCAGCUAUCACCGCUACCAAAUCCGGACAAUACCAUGACUAG